AUGCCGCAGCCACGUGUCCCGCUAGUGGAAUCAUCUCGCUUCAGGCUCGUGCCGCCGUUCGUGGUCGGCAUUGCGGUCGGAGCGUGCAUGAUUCUGCUCCAGCAGUCGCUUUCUUCCCGUCUAGCCGGCACAACUGCCGGCGACUGGCAGAAUGACCACCCACAGCCGACAUACCGCCGCUAUCCCUCAUUAUCUUCCGGUAAAAACGGUGAGGAUCUCGCCGGGCAAGAUGGCGGCGGUGAUGAGGCUCACGGCUCACCCUCCGCAUCAGACGCCGCAAAUGACGGCGUGAGUACCGGAGAGAGCAGCAGCGCGUACAACACGAGCUCGGGGAUCGUGGCGGGGAAAUUGAACGUGCAUCUGGUGCCGCACUCGCACGACGACUUGGGAUGGCUCAACACGGUUGAACAGUACUAUAUCACGGCCGUCCAGUUCAUCCUAGAGACGGUGGUGGACCAGCUGGAGGCGAAUCCGGACCGUCGAUUCAUUCAAGUGGAGCAGGGUUUCUUCUACCGCUGGUGGCAGCAGCAGUCGGAGGGCAUGAGGCAGCGCGUGCGUGCUCUCGUGCACUCGGGGCAGCUGGAGUUCAUCAACGGCGGGUGGGUGAUGCACGAUGAAGCGGUGUGCCACUACAGGGACGUGCUGCAUCACAUGUCGCUGGGCCACCGCUUCCUCCAAAGCCACUUCAACGCCACACCACGCAUCGCCUGGCAGAUCGACCCCUUCGGCCACUCCGCCACCCAAGCCAGCCUCAUCACAGCCCAGGUGCGCCCCUGUGAAUGUGGAUAUGGUGCGGGUGGGGCUGGUGCCCUGCAGAAUGCAUGUGGUGGCUCUUCAACGGCCCCCCCUCCAUCGCCUGGCAGAUGGACAGCCUUUGGCCACUCCACCAGUGAAGCUAGUCUCAUCACGGCCCGGCCCAGGUGCGGAGAGAUGAAGGGAGGGAAGGCGUGGCACUGCCUGGUGCGUGUGGUGGUGCUGUGCCGUGCAUUACAGGGCGGGCUAGACGCGGUGUUCUUUGCGCGGGCGGACUAUGAGGACAUAGCUCGGCGUAAGAGGGAGCGGAGCACCGAGUUUGUGUGGCGCGCCUCCCAGACGUUUGGCCGGCAGGCUGAGGUGAGAGUGAGAUCAUGA